GCUGCCCUUCUUGCAAAGCUGUAAAUUGUGUGUUUUCCCUGAGUCCCAGGCAAAGCUUCCUGCUCAGCAGCUCUGCUUCCUCAGCAGCUCGUCUUCGGGCACACGGGCAAUUUCCUCAUGGAAAGGGUGGUCAGGCCUCGGCAGGGGCUGCCCAAGGAGGUGGUGGACUCGCCGGGCCAGGAGGGGUCCAAGGAAGUGGCUGGAGGUGGCACUGAGUUCUCCGGCCUGGCCGGCAAGGUGGGGAUCGGGCACAGGAUGGACGCUCUGAAGGCGGAGGUCUUUUCCAUCGUCAGUGACUUUGGGGGCUCCGUGACUCUGUGGCCAGGCCGGGAGGACGCCUUGCCCCAAUCACCGCCGGAGCCGCCCCGGCCUGAGAAAAGCCAGCGAAAGGCUCAUCAGUUUACUGAAAGAGAGGGAGAGAUCCCUCCCCGGUCACCAUCAUGGACAGAACAGACAGAACUUGGGGAUAUUCAUUACCUUUAUUGCCAAGAAAAUCAGAGCAGGAUAAUGAGAAGCAAAAGAAAUUUCAACAGCACCUGCAGCCCCAAACCCAUGCCAAAUCCUGGCCACACAAAGCCAAUACAAAUGGGAAUGGCUCCACAGUGACACAGAGCAGGCUUAGAUCCUGUGUUCAGGAGAAAUUCUUCCCUGUGAGGGCAGGGAGUCCCUGGCACAGGGUGCCCAGAGCAGCUGUGGUGCCCCUGGAGCCCUGGAAGUGCCUAAGGCCAGGUUGGAGGGGGCUUGGAACAGCCUGGGACAGGGGAAGGUUUCCCUGGCCUGGCAGUGGUGGCAGUGGAUGGAGCUCAAGGCUCCUUCCAAGCCAAUCCAUUCCAUGAUUCCAAAGAUUGACGGCUCUGAGACAGAGUCAUUUGGUGACAUCAUGGCCUGAACUGCUGUUUGCUGCGAGUUCUAAAGCACCACCACGGUGACACAAGCAAUGCUACAGUGACAUGAGAAGGACCACUGUGACAUCGGCAGCACCACUGUGACACAGGAACUGCCACAGCUCCAGCUCAGGUCUGCAUCCCAGGUGACUGCAGCCAGUCCUGCCUCGCCAUGGACCUGGUGAUGCGUCUCGUGCGCGCUCUGCUCCUGCUGGCCCUGCUGCUGGCAGUAGCCCCCUCCCCGGGAGCGGCCAAGGAGCUCUGCCCAGAGCCCUGCCGCUGCCCAGGCCGUCGGCAGCUGAACUGCGGCCACGCCGGCCUGGCCACCGUGCCCCCGGCCAGCCGCCGCCGAGCCCUGACCGUGCUAGAUUUCACUGGCAACUCCAUUGCUACUGUUGGAAAACAAGCCUGGAAGGACUACCCAUGGACUGAGACCUUAGUGCUCAGAGACAAUGAGCUGCGGGCUGUGAAGAGCCAUUCCCUGGAGGGGCUGUUCCUGCUGAAGCACCUGGAUUUGUCCUGCAACGAGAUCCUGUCCAUUGAGGAACGGGCUUUUGAGCCACUGCCUUUCCUGAAGUUUCUAAAUCUCUCCGGGAAUGGCCUCACACGGAUCCGCAGCGGCACUUUCCAGGCCUGGCAUGGGAUGCAGUUCCUCCAGGAGCUGAUCCUCAGCCACAACCCACUGGCUGUCAUUGCUGACGCUGCCUUCUUCAAGCUGCCCUCCGUGAGCUCUCUAGACCUGAGUGCCACCCAAGUGACCCCACAGACGCUGCUGCUGCUGCUGCAGUCCACAGUGAGCUUGGAAACCCUCCAAGUGCCCAAGGAGGCGGCCUGCUGCCUGUGCCAGGAGCGUCCCCGGCCCGAGAGCCCCUGCAGGACCAUCCAGUUCCUGUGCCAGAAGCUGUGCAGCACCAGCGCCCCGCAGUGCGCUCACACAACUGCGCUAGAGGCACGGGGAGAAACAAUGGACAUGGAACAACGCAGAGAGCUGAACAGCAGCCCAGUGUUGAGCCUCAAGCCCAAGGAGCCUUCACUGGGAGAUGAUGGAACUGCGACGCUUGCGGUUGCCCUGGCCCUGAGCACGGAGGGUGAUGUCAGCAGCCUGGACAGUUCCAGACCAAAUUCAUAUCCCCCUCAGCAUCUCUUGGGGCACGAAGGCCAAAGAAGUGCCGAUGACCGGAGGGCCAAGCUCAAGAAGAAGGUGCACAAGGCUGAAAGCAUCAAGACUGUGGAAAGCAUUGUCCCACACCAGCCCCAGCCUGCCUGGCUGAAGCAUGUGGUAGAAAAGACACCCUCAAGCUGGGAUCAAGAGAUGGAGUCACUUUUAUACUCAGAAGGAUUAAACCCCUGGGCUGCAGCUGGUGGAUUAAAACGUGCUGACGAUGCCUUCAUCACUGGACAACACAGAGAUGAGGAGGAAGGUCCAGCUCCCAAGAAGCACUACGUCAGGACACACAAAUGGCACAAGAAGAAGGACAGCCAGUAUCGGGUUGGAUAUAAUCAGCUUUUCUACGAGGUUUGGAGACCUGUGAAAGUGGAGCAAAGGUCCAUAUCUGACCAGGGUCUAAACAGGAACCUGGAUUUUCUCUCUGACCCCUUGGUUCAGAGCCGCCCCGCUGCGAGCAGCAGAGGAGGAGCCACGGCUGAAGAGGAGCAUUCCUCUAUAGACAGGCACCUCCUGACCAUCCGUGAAACCCCAGAGGAGGAAGACGACAUGCUCCUCAAUAAACCUUGGAGCCCCCAAAGUCCAGACCUUGCACCAGUUCCAAAAGAACUGGAAACCAAUGUUGAUCAGCACUGGCAGUUGCUGGAGGCACACAAAGGCCUGCGGGCAUUCAUGGCCCACGUGGAGCGAGCUCUAAGGAAGGACUGCAGCCUGCCCCAGCUCAAGCAGGCCUGUACCAAGAUGGUCUUGAAGACCAGGCUGCUUCUCAACGUGCUCAGGGAGAGAAAAGAGAACCAGGGAGCCUAUGAUCCCAUGGAGCAGUGUCGUCUGCAAGAGAACAUGAUCAUUCACAUGGCCUUGGGGAAGGGCAAGAAACUCACAGAGAAGCAGAAACUAGAGGCUGUGGUGUACGUGAGCAAGUUUGUGGUUUUGCUGUUUUUCUUCAUCUUCGUUUUGCUGAUACCGACGUGUGUCUUCCACAAGCGCUCCCGACGUGGCCCACUUGACUCCCCACCCGACCACACCAGGGAAUCGUGGCUGAGAAGGUUCUGUAUAAAACUGCCACAGAGAGGGAGGAAGGAUAAGAAGGAGGCGCAGAAUGUAGAGCAGAAUAGGGCAGGGAGCCCCUCUGAGUGUUGCUCCUGUUUCCCUCCUAUUCAUGGCGCUUCCCAGUGCUGCUCCCCGUUUACGAAGUCCGAAUUGCUAUGGAUUCAACGCAUCAGGGAUGCCUAUGAGUACCAGAGAAAAGCAUCCCAGGAAGACACAGAAGAAGUAUGAAGAAGUAAGGAGGAAGACUUUCAAGAAGUUAAUGGGAUGCCAGCAAUUUUUCACCUCCCCUUUUAGCUGAGGCUCACUUUGGAUGCUGUUUCAUUGGCUGUUGUUAUUCCCCCGUUUGCUUUUUCCUUGACUGUUAUUUUCAUGCUGUUAUUUUCAUCCUGAGGGAAAGCCAGAGGGUGCUGCAGGCAAGCACAAGCUCUGGACACCGAGAGGACGCAUCGGUACCUCAGGGUUUUCCUCAUCCCAUGUUGCAAUGUUCUCCCUGCAUUCAAUAAAAACAAAGUUUGUCUUUA